AUGGAGGAUGAAGAACAGAGGGGCAAUGAGCAGGCGGUCCAAGGGCAGUUAUAUGGGGGGGACACGGAGGAGCCAAGAUCCAAGCAAAGAGGCCAGGGUCGAGUUGGGAAGGUGAAAGCCAUUGACGAUCCCAAGAGAAAAGGACGGCUUUACAUCCGCCUGGCCCCUCUGUGGAUCGCUCUGCUGCUGUUGGCAGCAGGUGGAAUCCUGCUCUGGUAUUUCCUAGGAUACAAGAGAGAGGUGACCGUCAGCCAGUUGUAUUCAGGCAGUCUUCGGGUGCUCAAUCGCCAUUUUAACUUGGACCUCUCCCGCCGGGAAUCCAGUGCCUUCCGCAGCGAAACUGCCAAAGCCCAGAAGAUGCUUAGGGACCUCAUCUUUACUACCCGCCUGGCCCCAUACUACAACUCAAGCACAGUGUAUGCAUUUGGGGAAGGGCCUCUGACUUGCUUCUUCUGGUUCAUUCUCCAAAUCCCCGAGAGUCGCCGUCAGAUACUAACCCCAGAUGCCGUGAAGGAGGUGCUGGUGGAGCAGCUGCUGUCCAAUGCCAAUGAGACGAGUGGGACCCCUGACCAGGAAGAGUAUGAGCUGGACCCUGGGGGUCUUGUUCUUCUGGAGACCAGUGUGAAAGACAUAGUUUUGCUGAAUUCUACACUGGGGUGCUAUCGAUACAACUACAUCAGUGAAGGCCAGAUAGUGCGGCUCAAGGGCCCCGAUCACAUUGCCUCUAGCUGCCUGUGGCACCUUCAGGGUCCUGAAGGCCACAUGAUCAAACUUCGCCUGGAGUGGACGCUGGCUGAGUGUCGGGACCGGCUGGCCAUGUAUGAUGUUGCUGGACCCCUUGAGAGCCGUCUCAUCACCUCACAUUAUGGCUGCAGUCGCCAGGAGCCAGUGGUAGAAGUCCUGUCCUCAGGACACGUCAUGUCUGUGGUCUGGAAGAAAGGCUUGUACAGCUACUAUGACCCCUUCACACUCUCUGUCCAAGCCGUGGCCUUCCAGGAUUGCCAGGUGAACCUGACUCUGGAGGGCAAGCUGGAACUGCAGGGAAACAUCAGCACUCCCUACUAUCCCAGCUAUUACUCCCCUAGCACUCAUUGUACCUGGCACCUCAUGGUUCCAUCUCUUGACUAUGGAGUGGCCCUCUGGUUCGAGGCAUAUGCUCUGAGGAGGCAGAAGUAUGACUUGCCCUGCACCCAGGGGCAAUGGACCAUACAAAAUCGAAGGUUGUGUGGCCUUCGGACCCUACAAGCCUAUGCCGAGAGAAUCCCCGUGGUGACCUCAGCUGGCAUAACCAUCAAUUUUACCUCCCAGAUCUCCCUCACGGGCCCUGGCGUGCAGGCUCACUACAGUUUAUAUAACCAGUCGGAUCCCUGUCCCGGAGAAUUCCUCUGCACAGUGAAUGGCCUCUGUGUGCCAGUCUGUGAUGGGAUCAAGGAUUGCCCCAAUGGCCUGGAUGAGAGAAACUGUGUGUGCCCAUCCACCUUCCAGUGUGAGGAGGAUAGCACGUGCAUCCAUCUGCCCAAGGUCUGUGACCAACAUUUGGACUGUAUCAAUGGGAGUGAUGAAAGGCAGUGCUAUGAAGGGGUGCCUUGUGGGGCUUUCAAAUACAGGUGUGCUGAUGGGAGCUGCUUGAAGAAACCCAAUCCUCAAUGUGACGAUAACCCUGACUGCAGUGACCAUUCUGAUGAACAGCACUGUGAUUGUGGGCUUCAAGCUCCCGCCACCAGAAUCGUGGGGGGUGCCACAUCCGUGGAGGGGGAGUGGCCAUGGCAGGCCAGCUUGCAGGUGAGGGGCCGGCACAUCUGCGGGGGGACCCUCGUAGCCGAUCAAUGGGUGGUGACAGCAGCCCAUUGUUUCCAGGAAGACAGCAUGGCCUCCCCUUCAGUCUGGACGGUCUUCCUGGGCAAGAUCCACCAGAGCGCUCGCUGGCCCGGUGGGGUAUCCUUCAAGGUCAACCGCCUGCUCCUUCAUCCCUACUAUGAGGAGGACAGCCAUAACUAUGACGUGGCCUUGUUGAAGCUGGAUCACCCCGUGGUCCGCUCUACCCUGAUCACACCCAUCUGUCUGCCUGCCCCAUCCCACUUUUUCCAACCCGGCCUCCACUGCUGGAUCACAGGCUGGGGGGCGCUUCAAGAAGGAGGUCCUUCCAGCAACAUCCUCCAGAAGGUAGACGUGGAGCUGAUCCAGCAGGAACUGUGCAGUGAAGCUUACCGCUACCAGAUCACCCCGCAGAUGCUGUGCGCAGGCUAUCGCAGGGGCAAGAAGGAUGCCUGCCAGGGUGACUCGGGAGGCCCCUUGGUUUGCAAAGAGUCCAGCGGCCGGUGGUUCUUGGCGGGAUUGGUGAGCUGGGGCCUGGGGUGUGGCCGACCCAACUACUUCGGAGUCUAUACCAGAAUCACUCGGGUGAUGGGCUGGAUCCAACAGGCUCUGUCCUGAAGAUGCUGCAUCUGUCCAGAGUAGAUCCGGGCCUCCCCAUCGGCCUAGCGUCCACCCAAGAGCUCAGAAGCCUUCCUCUGACUGGCUCUGCCUCUCCUAUGUGGAGGAUUGUGGGGGCUUUCUGGUAGCUGGUGGGAGAAUUUGGAUUUUUCCAGGGGGGUGGGGGAGCCACCAUAGGGCUAAGCCACUUUGAUCUACAUCUCUCAUUGCUCUGUUCUUCUGGGAGAUGCUCCUGACCUGCUUCCUUAUCCUACUCCAAGAGGAUGCAAAGAUUGACCUGGCCAAGCUCUGGUGACAUCUGGACGGUGACGGCUUCCUUUCUCCAAACAGCAUCAGACCGUGUUCUCUCCAAAAGCCCAUGAGGCUGGGGAUGAUCCUAGUCGUGCAGCUUCCUUUCCUCCCAAAUUCCUCUGGGCCUUGACCCUUGAUCAGCUCUCAGAGGCCACCCCAGCUCGGACCCCUUUGGCCCGUUCAACCAAAUAGGGAAACUGCUCUGGACACACAGUGGAGAGAAGCCCAAAUCCCAGAGGUCCCUGAGAUGAAAGAUUCCCAGAGGCCUCCUUCUUCUUGGCCAAUGUCAAAACCAAGCUUUUCAAGAACAAGCCCCCUGCUUUUUGGAUGUGACAGUAGGAGGGUUUCCAUAAGCCAUGACUUUGGGGCUGAGGCAGUGCCUGAGCAGAGUUGCCAGGGAAGUUGGGAUUGGGGGAAGCAGCCAGCCAGACUUCACACCCAUAGCUAUUAAAGGAGCUUCGGCUCCCAUCCAAACCUACGGGGAUUUUUCACAAGCCAAAGAGGAAAAGACUCUUCUCAGAGCUGAAGCUUUCCUCCAUCUCCCUGCUCCUCCCCUGGAUAUUUGGUACCUCCGACCUUCUCCCUUCUCCCUACCUCCAGUUCCCACUAUCUCCUUCACCAAGGAGAGGCUCAGGGAAAGUCACCUAUUGAGACUUGGCCCAGAAUAAAUCUGAUUUAAGAG